GAAACUAAUACUUAUUCUUCAAAUAUUGUCAAAAUGUAAACAAAAUUGAAAUAUGAAAAGGCGGGUUUUUUAAUAUUUCGAAAUUAGCCACAAAAUUUGAAAGCAUUUAGCUGAAUUUAAAAACCUAUUAAAAUUGCUUCUUUUAUGUGUUCACCAUGUUUCAAGAGUUACUAAUAGCACUAAAUGGACUACCUGGAAGCAUAUUUUUCGAUUCACCUGAGGGGAUAAAGAUUUCAUCUUGUAUUCCAAAUUUACAUCCUGCAGAAAGACAAAUCCUAGAAAGAUUAUGUUCAUUGGGUACAAAAUAUAAAUCUUUAUGCGAAUUUGUGAAAAAACAUAAAUUUCGUACUAUCACAUCUGAAAAUGGAAUAUCUGGUUUAUAUUUGCAAGCAUUUUGUUCUGGCUUAGAAGUAGUACUUGGAGAAUAUCAGCAAGAAUUAGUUCAAAUUGAACAAGAGAUUCUUAAAGAUGCGUUUCUACCUCUUACUCAUUUUUUGAAGUUAGAAAAGUAUACCUUGCUGUUUCAAGUUUUAUUUGAUAUCAUUUGCAAAAUCAACAAUGAAAAGAUUCAUGGUUGUAGAAUAUUAGAAUUGCUAUUUAACAAUUCAAGCUCUGGAGUUGUUCUUGUUGAAGUUGCGAUGAACAAAAUUAUGCAACAUUGUCAUUCAGUUAUGUAUCGACAAGUAUUUUACUGGAUGAUGAAUGGUUAUAUCGAAGAUCCAUAUAAGGAAUUCUUCAUUCAACCUGAAAAUUCUCCCAAACCUAAUCCACCUCUUUCUAUACCUAGUAGCUCAUGUGAGAAAAAUUCAACUUCUAUUACAUAUAAAGUAAAGCCGGAACUUUUGCCAUCAUAUAUUCCUAGCAGUUUAGCUGCUAAAAUCCUUUUUGUUGGGGAAUAUGUUGCUGUUUUGGGUACUGCUGAAAACUCCGAAUCAUAUUCACUAUUUUUGAAAAAGGAACAUCUAUUUGCAAAAAAAUUUGAAAGACUUUCUUCCAAGCCUUUAUUUUCUCUGCUUAGUUUUGAAACAACUAUUGAUGACAUUAGAAGAUGUGCUGCUGAAAGGCUAUGGGAAGUUAUUGUCAAACAAGCAAACGUGGUAAAUCACUUGAAAAUAAUGAAAGAUUUUUAUUUACUUGGACGAGGAGAGUUAUUUUUGAAUUUUAUCAAUGAAGCUAAUAAUCUUCUUAGAAUGCCUGUGACAACUACUGCUGAAAGUGAUGCAAGUAAAUUAUUUCAAAUAGUUGCAAGGAGAACUUUCCUUGAUGAUGAUGCUAUUACUGAUAAAUUUCAUGUCACUCUUCAGGCAAAAAGUAUAAAACCUGGCAAUGUAAAUAAAGAUAACUUGUCAAAAGCAAAGUUGGAAACUGGAUGGUCAUCUAUUGGUUUAUAUUAUGAUAUUCCUCACCCUCUUCAUAUAUUGAUUACCCCUUCUGUCAUAGACAAGUAUAAUAUGAUUUUUCGGUUCCUGUUAUCUGUGCGACGAGUUCAAAUAGAUUUGCACAAGUGCUGGGCUCUUCAGAUGCAAAUUAAAGGAGCAGGUGCAGAGUCACGUUUGAUGCCAUUUUGGCAGUUGCGUUCACACAUGUCCUUCUUGAUUGAUAAUUUCCAGUAUUACAUUUUAGUUGACGUUUUAGAAUCUUGCUUCAGCAGUUUAAUGGACAAAUUAGAAACUGUCAAAGAUUUUGAAGAAAUUCAGCAGUACCAUAAUCGUUUCUUAACCUCAGUCAUUUCACAAUGUUUUCUUGAACUGUGGACUGUACACCAUUCAUUGGAAGAAAUUUUGGAAUUGUGCUCGUCAUUUUGUAGUCUUGUGAAUAGAGUCACCAUUACUAUGAAUCCAAAAGAUAUUAAUAUGUUUGAUAACAUUAAAUCGAACUUCCAACGUCAAACAUCUUUAUUGUUUCGAAUUCUAUCUGGUGUUCGAAGUCAUCAAGUCAGUCCGCAUUUAGCACAACUUUUAUUGAGAAUAGAUUAUAACAAAUAUCUUACAUCUUGUGGUGGACAACUUGGAGGAAGCAAGUAAUAUUUUGGAGAUGAAUAACGUUAAAAGAAUUGGAAAAUGCCUGCUCGAAGCAUUUUCUUUCUCUGUUAACUUUUCAUAUUAUGUUUAUUUUACGUGUAUAUAUUUUUUGUUAUAUGUGUACAUAGAUUAUAUGUUAUGUUGUAUAUAUUGAGUUAUAGAAUUUUCUUAUAUAAUAUGUAUACAUUUUCAAUUUGAGUAUUUAGAUCCAGAAGUAAUAUUUAUAUAUAUUUAUCUCAGUAAAGUAGUAAAUUGGAAUUGCCAGACAAAUAGUUUGAACUGUGUAGCAUUUUGUUAUGGUUUGGACAGGUUUUAAAAUAUUCUUUUCUAUCAUUAAACAAAAUUAUGAGGAUGCAGAAGACUGACUUGUAUAUGCAAAUAUGAUAGUUUAUUAUGAAACUUGUGAUAUAUCAAAAUUGCAAUCCCCUUUUAUAUAAAACAUUACUCCUUAUGACCUGAUAAAUAAUAUUUGUAUUAAUAUUACAUUUUAGUUUUUUUAUUGCAUAUUUAAAUUCAUAAAGUACACAGGUAUUUUGUCAAUUUUGAUUCAUUCAAAACUUAUUCUUUAAUUUCUUUAUAUAUAUUUAAUGCUCCUUUUUUUUAUAUUCACAUUUAAUUGUAUUAUCAUUGCUUUAUUUUGAAAAAUAAAGGGAAUGGGUCAGGUUCUAGUUAAUUUCAUGUGAGUUCAAAACAUAUGAAACUAUAUACAGUUUUAAGCCAAUAAGAUGGUGUGAAUUAAAUCAUAUAUUAGCUUAAAAUAUAAAAGCAUUGAUUUUUUUUAAAUUAUCGAUUAAAAAUCUAUUUUUCUUACUCUAAAACUUGUCUACAGUGCUAUAUGCAUUUAUGUGACAUCAUAUGGUGUUUAUCUUUUAAAAAGUUCAUAAAAAAUUCUAUGAAAUUUGCAAAAUACAGCUUAAUUUGAUUUGAUCAAAUGAAAGAAAAUAUUCAAUUAUAAAAAUCUUGAAAAAUUUCAUAAUACAGAGGACAAUGUUGAAGGUAAUCUUUGUGUGAAUUUUAGAUGGUUCAAUAAAUAUUUCUAAGAAAAUUUCUAUGAAGUAGAGUUCCAGCGUUAUUAAAUUGAGAUUGUUUUUCAGUGAAAAUUGAGAUCAUUUUGAGUGAUGGCACCAUAGCAAUUAUUCAGUCAUCACUAGGAUUUUAGUCUAAACUAGGAAAAAAGAUCUCAUUGACGAAUUGACAAAAUUAGUUAGAUUUGUUUUAUCUUAAAAUUUAAGAUGACUGGAAGCAGACAAAUUAUUUUAUUAGGAAAUAUGAAUGUUUAUGUUUUCCAGACUUGAAAAUGAAGAAAUAUAGAUUAUCUAUUAGACUUUUGAAAUGCUUAUGGUUCUAAUAAAAAGAUUUGUUAAUAUGGUCUUCAUUCCCAAGACUUGAGUGGAUGACAGAUUUUUUGAUGCUCGAAACAAAUUUAAAAUCUCUAUUUGAGAUCCCUUGAAUUUUCUUUAUUAGAACUGCAAGUUUCCAAAUUGAGGCUACAUCAUUAUUUAUAUGGAUUUUUUUUAUUUAUUUGAAGAUUAAUGUUUUUUUAGAUUUGGAAAGGUUUGAAUGAAGUCUAUUAUAGAAAGCAACAUAUUAGUUUUAGUCUAGAUUUUUUUUUUCCAUAAUUGGUUAUGUUGACUUAAUAUUAGCUUACUAUUUAGGAUUAGUUCAAGGUACUUAACCUUUCUGCCACCCACUCAACAGGUUUGCAAAGUUGAGUCAAGAGACAGAUGAUGUAAGGUUAAUCAUAAUUUGAGAAAGCCAUGAAAUGGUUGUGUCUCUAUGUGAUAUAAUUGAUGUUGGUGGUCCUUUGAACUCGAACUGCUAAAUUAUCAUAGAAAUAAGCAGUUGUGAUUCUGGAUCAUUUAAAAAAUAUUCUUUGAACACUGAACUUGUUUAGCUUUACUUUGAAAGUAGGAGUACGUUAAUUUGCAUUGUAUGAUGCCAGUUUUUUAUCUCUGUGUGUGUGUGUUUUCAAAAAAUUGUGAUAAUAUUUUUAAAGUGAAUAAAAUACUAUUACUGAAUGCAAAAAUAUUGGUAAUUUAUAUUAUUUCACAAAAAUAUAAUGAUAAUUUUUAAUCUGUUAUUACCUAUUUAAAUUUUUGAAAUUUACAACAUAAAUAGAAAUACGGGUCUUUAUUACUAUAAAAAUAAAUAGUAAACUAAUGCAAUAAUUUAUCUUAAGCAUUGUCACUUCUUUAUAUAUGAAAUUUUAGAUGGUUUUUCAUCUGAUAAAUGUGUGUGAAUAUUUAGAUUUUAUUUAAUUGUUCUAAAUUAAUAUUUUAAAAAAGUAUUAUUCUAAGAUCUCAGUUUUCUGAAUUUUCAAUUCCACAAGCAAAAUUUCACAAAUGUUUGCAUUUUUAUUUUACUAGAAUUUUAAAAUGGAAACAAUAUUAAGUAAUAAUUUUUUGUUGUUUACUUCUCUCUAUUUCUGUUAUUUAUUUGUAGCUAACAUGCUAAAAUGUAAAUCCUCCCAGUAUGAAUUAAAAAAAAAAACAAUAAGGAUUUUUUUCAUCUAUAUUAAAGACAAAGUGUCUUGUGUUUUUCAGUUUCUGCAGUCCUUUUCUCAGAUAUACUAAUAAUAUUGUCACUUUGUUAUUCUUAAUUAAAUGUAUAGAUUUGGAGAAAUAAAAGUAUCCAAAGAAAAUUUCAUUUGAGUUAAGUGAUUUUUAAUGCUAUUAUCUGAACUGCCAUUGCUAUAUGUGUGACUAACAUGGGGAGGGGUAGAUGAUAUGAAUAUAUGUUGUAUGAUUUUACUUUCAAGAUGGGAAUAGCUGAAUUGUUUUGUUUUUUAAUUAAAACUCAAUCAUUGUAAUAUAUAAAGUUGUAAUUUGUUUGGUCUAUUUAUGACAUUUUAGCUAUAUUUAGCAAAUUAUCCUUCAUCAAAUUAUGACUAUCUAAACUAAAAAAAUAUUAUUUGAAUUCAGCAGUUGUAAAAUUUGAGAUAUUUUAUUGUAAUUACAUGACUAUUUUUCAUUAACAAAAAAAAAUGCACAAAAAUUAUUUCUGAUUAAUUAAAAUGAGUCUUUGCCUAUUAUUUUGAGAAUCUUUUUAAUUACUAUUUGGUUAAGGAAUUUUUUUUUUAGUGGAUAUUAUGAUUUCAACUCCAAAUGGAAAAUUAUUUCUGUAAACCUUUUAAUACUUGCUUAUGUGUCUACUUCACCCUUCUUUUCCGACCUUCCCAUACAAGUUCACUUUAUAGAUUAUUACUAAUAAAAUAGACUUACUAUUAAUGUAAAUAUUUUCACUUUAAAUCUUAAAUGCAAUUCUCAAAUGAAGUUAUUUUACUAUGCAUAAUUUCUUGCAUUCUUCUAAUUAGAUUCUCAGUUUUUCGGAUGAGUUCACAGCAUUUGUAGUUAAGAUGUUUUGGCAUCUUAAAAUUAACUGCUUUAAAAUUUAUACGGACUUUAAAUGAUUAAGGUUAUUUGACAAUUUUUUACUCUCUUGUUAUUCUAAUUCUCAUUUUCUAAAGAAAUUUCAGAAGUAAGUGGUACAUAAACUUGACUUAAUCAGUCUUUAAAGAGGCAAAUAGCAAAAAAUAUUGAUUAAAAAAUUAAAGUAUUUUUCUAUGGAAUAGAUUUAAUCCUCGAGAUGUUCUGAUUGACUUCAGUCUGAUAUAUAUGUUUCUUAAUAAUGUGUUAUAUGUUCUUAUCUUCUUCUUCUGAUAUAUAUAUCUUUCUUAACUAGAUUAAAGCUCCAUUUUAUUCUGUACCAUCUAAUAUAAUGUGAGAAAUAUUUGAAAUGGUUUUAGGUAUUUGAUUGAAUGUCUUAAAUACAAUAUAUAUAUAUUUUUUUUAAAGCAUUGCAAAAUAAUAAAUUGUGAUUGGAAAAUGUGUGCUCUAAAAUGUGAUUAUACAUUUUUACAUAAAUAUGAAUGCUACAUUCUUUUCAGGAAUAUUUUUAUUAAUUUAAAUUACAUAUCUUUUGUUGCUUGUUAUACAUGCUUUAUUACUAUGAAUUUCCAAUGUCAUUUUGAAAACAAAAGUAGUUUGCCCAAUAAAACUGAUUACUGAGGUUUUCUAACUUAACCCUUUCAAGAGGGAUUUUGAACAAAAAUGUAAGGUUUGUUUGUCCUGUUAGGCUCAAAAAGGUUAAAUAGAAUGAAAUCUCUCCAAAUGAAAUUGAAUAUUUUGGAGUUUUUGACUUUCUAGAUUGUAUUACUUGAUUUUAAUUUGCUUUCUCUUGUGAUAGUAACAUUUUUUAAAGAAUCAGAGAAGAAGAAUACUGUGUUUACCAAUGACAUAUUUUCAUGCUACACUACUUGGCCUCUUAAAUUAAUUAUAGAUUUGCAAAUCAAAUUAUAAAGCUUUUCUUGAGAUAAAGAGAGAGGGCACAUAUCUAAAAAUAAAUCAAUGAUAUAUAAGUUAUGUUUUGUUUUCAAUUAGCUGACCUAUCUAUAUUCUGUAAUUAAGAAAAGAAAAUUCCUAAUUCACAGAAUAUUUAAGUUGCUUUACAAUAAAAAGAAAUAUUGAGGAAUUUUUCAUUAUGUGUUAUAUUUUGAAAGGAAUAAAACCUUAAAAUUUUUUUGUUUUAAUCUUCAUUUCUCUAUAGUCUUCUCUUUUUGUGAU